AUGAAGUAUCUAUUCUUUUCGGUGCGUACCGCUAACAAGUUUUUGAGCCUGGCAAAAAUACAACAUGGCGGAUUUGUGACAAGAGCUCUUAAAAAUCGUCUUGUGUCAAAUCAGCGAUUAGAAAUGACUAUUUAUAACCUGUACAUAUUUGAUCGUAAUGGUACGUGCCUUUACUAUGAGUCUUGGAACAGAAGAAAGGAGUCAAACCUGUCAAAGGAUGAGGUAUUCGAGUUGUUUGUCCCUGAUACUUGUAUGUUGUAUGUAACCUACCUUGUAUCACUUUGUAAUGUGGGAGUAAUUUCUUAUUGUGCAUUCUUAAAGCUUUAAAACGGGGUGGCCUUCGUGUGCCACCCUAACAGGUAAAUUUGGUCCAUCUGAAAGUGACAGCGGAAUACCCUGAAUAUUUUCUAUGAACCACCAUACCUUCAUAUAUAUGUGGCAUUCUUGUGACUUGACAAGCAAUGUUGGCAUUUUUAUACCCACUAGAGUCAUUUGCACUUACCAACACUGAAUGUAGGUGGUUGGUACAGUCUUGGUGCCAUCCUUGGAAGGUCCAGGUAGAGGGUAUAGGGGGUGCUGUGUGGAUCCUUUCUUAAUAAAGCCAUCAGUGACCUAGCCUGUUCCAUGCUCUUAGAUAGUGGGGAUGGCAUGUAAGCAGGGGCACCCAACGAGAAUAUAGUUCAAAACCACUUAAACAUAGCAUUGUUAAACGUAUUUUAGUAUUUAAACGGUAGAUAUAGGCAUAUUUUUAUCCCCUAAAAAUUUUUCAUCUGUUCAGAUUUCCUAGCUGAAAGUCUAGUGAUCCGAAAAUUAAAGAUUUUCGAAAAUCCUAGGAGAGGCAGGCAGGCAAGAAAUUUUACGACAAAUGUUCCGAAAAUUCUAGAACUCAAAUUGUCUUCUGAACAGAUAUUUUCCAAAAAUUGACAUUGGGUGGCCCUGAUGUAAGUGAAAGGCACGUGAAAAUUGGAGUGCGUGAUCUGGGAAUAAGGAGGCGGUGGCUGGAAAAAGGAAGGGAGAGGCCAUUAUAAGAAAUUAUUACAGGCUCUACCGUCCUUCUUCUCCCCAGUUCCUCUAAUUAAUAUUUCGAGUUCAUGCUUUCUCAUGCAGACCUGACUAUCUCAGAACCUGGAACAGGCUAUCAGGGUCCAGUUGUUUUAUUCAAAAGGUGGAUAACGCUAUCCUCUGAAUAUAUCUCUAUUCAGUGGAUAACACAAUCAGUUUUCCUAAUAUUAUCGACUGCUGGACAGUGUUUUACCCACUGGAUAGUGCUAUUUAUUUUCAACCAACCAGCCCAGAUCAUUGUUACAUCUUUUUAGUGGUUAAAAACUGAAGCUGCUGCAACAUUUAUGGGAUACAAGUUUCUUUUUUUCCUUUUAGGAAUUCAAGCUUAUGUAUGGUAUGCUGUAUUCAAUCAAGUCAUUUGUGGCUCGAAUGUCUCCAGCAGAAUCGUAUCCUUACAAUUUGUAAUUAACCUGUAACAUGCUUAUAUGUCAUUAUCUGUUUGUUUUUUGAAUGCUCUCUUUCAUUCAAAAAGACAUUACUUCGUGGGAAGUUGUUUUUUCUUUUGCAGGAUUUCCCAUUCAUCAUAAACCCACCCAACACUUUAGAUAAAAAUGGACUAGAAGAUUAAACCCUCAGCUACUCUGGAAGUUUCCAGGAAAUUGAUGCAUUUUGAUUUCAGUAAUAUUGAUUACACCAUGAGCUCUCAUCCAAUAAGAUAGCCUACACAACAGGCAUUAUUAAGAGCACUCACCCGGCAGGGUUUGGGGGUGUGAGUGGGAAGUGCAUGAGGACCAUAAAAUAAUGGUGCCUGUUGUACAGGCUACCAAUCUGCCAGUCUGUUGAUGUUAUCUUUCUUUACGUGACUGAAAUAGUGAAACAAGUUACUGUAAAAUGCAUAACAAAUUAACUGGUAGUGAAAAAAACAAUGUAACCAGAUAUGGAAACUUGUGUAUUAUUAGAAAUGAAAUUUAUUUAUUAGUUUAUUAGACUGAAAAACGCUGCUCUUCACCUGUUUCACUGUUCAGAAAAAAUAGUAAAGAACACUGCUAGGCUAGAAAAGAGGAAACGGCGAGUUAUCUAACCUCUACUACAAAGUUUUUUGUAGUACAAAGUUUUUUGUAGUUUUUUUUUUUCUUUCCUGAGUAGUUUUUUUUUUCUUUCCUGAGAUAGCAGGCUAGCAGACUAAUUUCAUUUCUAAUAUUAUUUUACCCUUGAUUCAAACACAGAAAAGAAGGCUUUCUGAAUUACAGAACAAGCAAAUACAAACUACAUUUCUACGAAACACCAACUGGUCUUAAAUUUAUUCUGAACACAGAUUUGAACGUGGGAAGCACAAAAGAUGUUCUCUUUAAUAUCUACAGCAAGGUAUGUAAUGCCCUGUGUUUGUGGAAGAUUGUUAAGCCUCCGAGAGGGGUGGGGUACUUCCUAGUAAUAGGUUAAUUUGUAGCUCCAGAAAAUAUUCAUACUCCCCCCAUGGAAGGGAUUGGAAAUUCCUGGGGGGUGGGGGGUUCUCAAAGGCCCAAAAAUUCAAGUAGAUGUAUGAAGCUUGACUGGAAUUUCCUGAGAGGUAGGGGCUCUAACAAAAAGUCUCUUCCGUGGGGAAGGUAUGGAUAAUUUUUGGAACCACACAAUUUGGGAGGUGCUGUUAGAUGGGCUCACAUUUUCAACCUGAACAAAGCACAUUAACGGUCAUUCCACCCAUGAUACAUGUACUACAGUCAAGCCAGGUCAAGCUCCCCCCCAAGAUUCCAUUAAUAAAUUUAGUUGAAUCCGUUGGAAGUCGUAGAUUUCAGAUUCAACUCUUCAUUCUUGUACGCGUAAUGAGCCGUGAAUUCACACGUGAGGUAGUUUUGAAAUUUUUACCAGCUCAGUUUCCUGAAUUGACGUAAACGUCUUCAAAGCAAUUUUAUUGUGGGGAGAGAAGAAAUACGAGCUCCCCUAGAAACGCCUGCGUGGGAGGUUACCAAAGUGUAAGCGAAUAGGAGGUUUUUAAGUUUUUAUGUUCAUGUUUAUGCAUAUGACGUGACUGUUCCCUCUAAUGUACUAAAGCUGCUGGAAUGUGUUUUGUGUAAUCAGUGAGUACCUAGCAUGGGAUUUAAGCAUUGGUGAUGUGACAGCUUGAAAUAUGUCUUCUUUAUUUUGCAGGCUACUGCAGACUAGGAACUUAAAAAGCUUACUGCAGCACUAGAUUAGACACAAGCCCCAUUCCAAAUUUUUUUGGUCAAUCAAUGCUAAACACGUUUGGGCUUUUUAUCCUUCUCUCUUUAGAUUUAUGUCGAAUAUGUGGUAAAAAAUCCACUUUGUCGCCUGGAUGAACCCAUUCAAAGCGAGCUGUUUGCUUCCAAGUUGGAUACGUUUAUCCGAAGUUUGCCCAUCUACAACUGA